AAACAAUCGCUUCGUGACUUCGUGAUGACCCGUUGCACUCAGAGCGUUAUUAUUAGUUUGCCUUGACUGAGAGUUCUGCUUCCGCGUAUAGUCUCAAUUGGUAUACGACAAGCAUCAGGCCCACUUAUCAACAUAGCUACACUUAACCAGGCAACGUAUGCGGAAAUCAUGUUAUUUUGACAUUUUUGCCCUCGACUUUUUUGAAGUGAAAGUUUGAAAACGGUGUCAUCCAGUCCUGCGGAACCGAUUUCCGCAUCAUGGCAUCAUGAUGAAUGAUGAGUGUCAACGUCAACUGUGUAAAUGUGGAAACCUUAUUGAUCAGUGAAGUGAAUGGCUUUUAACUCUCCCUUCGGAUCCGACUAAACCAGACAUAAUAAAACGCGUUUGGAAGUUUCGUCAUGGCUGGAGUUCCUCCAAGAUCCAGGCUGAGGAGCUCAAAUUCAAGUUCCUCUUUCAAAGACAGGUCGCCUCUUGAAACACUGCAGCGUAUGGGCUUCCCUAAAGCAAGAGCGGAAAAAGCUAUUGCAGCUACCGGCAAUAAGGGGGUCCAAAGAGCAUCAGAAUGGCUGCUGGCACAUGUGAACGACCCCGCGCUGGACAGCUGCGAUGCCCGAGAGUACAUCCUGUACCUGUGUCCUGUCAAGGCGCUGCGGGAAGCACUGAGAAGGUUCUGGGAGACCACCCUCCAGGUGUGUGGCUGGAACUCUGCCCACCUGUACCAGCCACACAUCACUUUCAGCUCCUUUUUCAAGAUGCCCGACAGCCUCGUGAAUGUGCUGGAUGAUGUGAUGGCUACAGCUGCAGACGAGCUCCAGAAAUGGCCCAUGAAAGGACCCUUAGGUCUGGAACUGAUCACCAAGAGCAAAAAUUUCAUUGGCUACUUUGUGACCGCCUCACACCACCAGUUCCUGGAACAGCUCAUGAUCAUUCUUCAGCAAGCUUUUCACAGAGCAGGCGUGGAGAUGAAGCCACAGAUGAAACAGUUACACAUGACCUUGGCCUUCCAAUACGAGGAAGCGCAUCACGACCUGCUCAUGAAGCUGGCCCAGGAAGUGAAUGCGAAGAGCGAGGCACUCUGGGAGCUCCGAAUGUACUCGAGAGAGGCAACUACUAAAAAUGUGGAGGUGCGGCGGGUCAUCAAAGACUAUAGUCCGUUACAGGCGGAUGAGCUGCUGCUGAAGGAAGAGGACUUUGUGUACAUGGAGCCGGAGGAGCACGAGCGAAGCCCUGACGGUUGGUUCAAGGGCACAUCCUGGACAACGGGUACCUCCGGUUUCUUCCCUGGGAAUUUUACCACAAAGUGUUCUCAAAUGGAGAUCUGGACGUUGCACAGAAAGUUGACCCUCCCCUUCCACUCCACACCUUUAGCCUCGGCCAAUGGUGGUGGACCGGAGAAGGAAAUGGAACAUUCCGGCCAGGAAGAUUAUGACAACCUUUGGCUAAGCGGGCGGAAGGAGGAUCUUUAUGCCAAAGUGAAUAAAUCAAAAACUGUCGUCACUCCGCGCAAACUCUUUGUCAUACGACACGCAGAGAGGUGCGACUUUGCCUUCUUCAGAAAGUGGUUUGAGAAAAGCUUUGACGCCACUGGAAAAUACUGCCGUUUUAACAUCAACUGUCCCAGGAAGAUGGUCCCUAGAGCGUCAUUCAAAGAUUUCAACAAAGAUUGCCCUCUGACAGAGAUAGGCAAGGCCCAGGCGAGGAUAACAGGGGAGGCGAUUCGAGAUUCUGGUGAGACAGUUUCAUUCGUCUACUGCUCCCCAGCCCUACGUUGUGUUGAAACUGCUACAGAGAUCUUGAAGGGUCUUGGCUCCAGCUGCAAAAUUAACAUCGAGCCCACUCUGUUUGAGUGGCUGGGUUGGUACAAACCGAACGCCCCGAUCUUCAUCUCCCCUCAAGAGUUGUCCCUGUUUGGCUACCCGGUUGACCCGGAGUACAGCCCCCACCAGCGUUUUGCCAACAUCAAGGUGUAUGAGAGUACAGAGGAUUACUACAUGAGGUCUCACAGCUUUGCCCAGUACAUCUUGAGGAAACUGAAACCUGAUGGAGGAAAUGUCCUGUUUGUUGGACACUCCGGGACUCCUGAUGCCUGCACGAGACAGCUCCGAGGCAAACCCAUCCGCAACCACGACGAGUUCCGGAACAUCGUACGAGGCUGUCCCUACUGCUUCGUGGGUGCUGUGCAGGAGGAUGUGGAUCAGAGGAAGUGGAACCUGUGCGAGCCCCCCGUGCUUCCGCUGACACAUCUGCCCAACAAGGAGUACGACUGGCGCAGUCUACUCGAGUGAAACCUGGCCAUUUAAUUUUGGAGACAUCGGUGGGUUAGUGGUUGGGCUCUCAGGCUCUCAACCGUAAGUUCGUGGGUUAGAAUCCCGUCAGGGGCCUUACCUUAUGUCCUUGGGAACUUGGACACUUUACUUAAUUUUCCUCACCUCUUCACCGAGGUGAGAAUGGGUAUCCGGCUAUAGACAGCGAAAGAUGUUGUCAGUUUGUUAAUCUUUUAGCAAGUGCAAUCCGCAGCUUGCACUGUAUACUUCCCGAGAAGACAGAAUGUUUCUGGGUGUUCUUACAGGGUUUACCUGGGUUAAUAGUUGUAAAGUGCGUAGAGUUUGCUGUAGAACAUGGAUACGCUUUUACGAUUGUUAUCAUUAUUACUAUUAUUGUUAUUAUUUUUUUUAUUAUAUGAAAUGGAUACUUGAGUUGUGGGUGUGGGUGUAUGUUUAUUUGUCUGUAUCUGAGCAAAAACAUGUGAACAUGUGUUUUUGUAAUGUGCGUGUUAAAAUGUGUUUGUUUUGUGUUUAGGUUUGUGUAUUUGUGAGAGUAGUUCGUAUGUGUUUGAGUGUAUGUAUGUAUGUAUGUGAGAAUUUGUGUGCUCGGGGCAAAAGGUAUGACCUGAAAUAAAACUGGGCUGAAAUUGAAAAUAGGGAAAGAUUUGAGAGAAUGAAUGGUGAUACAUCUGGCCCAACCCCUUUACAGUAUGACUGAGCUUUGUUGCAGAUUAUAAGAAGUUUGUUUCAUUUUCAGCAAACAAAACCCAUUACCUUUCUUAACCCAUUGCACCCGAUCUGCGGUGUAUUCGUAGCUGCCAAGUGCUUAAGUCCACCGAGCUACGACAAUAGUCAUAUCAAAAUACCAGUCCACAAAAUCGAGUCUGAACCACUUAUCCAGGUUUCUAUUGAAAAUAAUAGGUCACUUGUAGCUUGUAAAAAACUUUUGCUAGCUUGUUUUGAUCAAGUUUUUCGCCAAGUAUGAGUUAGUUUUGUUGUUUUGCCACCGCAAAUCAUGGCAAGAAAGCGAGCACUGAAAUCUUCAUGGACAAGAAGAAGAAAAAUACAGCCACAAAAAGCAACAGUGCCCCGGCUAUUUUUGUGUUUGUUAAAAUACAGGAACCAUGUUUUUAGUUUUGUUUUAGACAUAAGCAGCAAAAAAAGUGAAAGUAGACGUAAAUCUAGAAAACAAGGCGAUCAGAUUGAUUUUAGUGCCUUGAAAACUUCGAAGAAAAGCUAGAUCUAGACCAUAGAUUUACUAUAAGUUGCUAUGGCAAAAUCAAGUACCGAUGAGUCGAGGUCGGACGAAGAAUAUAUUGUUUUCUCUGCUCUUUCCUUUAUGUUUCUUUCUAAUAAUAUUAAAAGAACAUUUGAAGUAAAA